UAUUAAUUAGUUUGGGCUUUGCAGUCCGCAGACACUUGAGAGACUGUGAACUCUGUACAAGGACCACUGCUUUAAACUGUCAUAAUGGUUGAUGCAUUUUGUGCAACUUGGAAACUGGUUGACAGCCAGAACUUUGAUGAAUACAUGAAAUCACUGGGUGUUGGUUUUGCCACUAGGCAAGUAGGCAAUGUUACCAAACCUACAAUUGUCAUCAGUCAUGAGGGUGACAAAGUUGUCAUAAAGACGCUGAGCACCUUCAAAAAUACUGAGAUUUCCUUCAAACUGGGAGAGGAGUUUGACGAAACCACAGCAGACGACAGACAUGUAAAGUCCACUGUAACCUUGGAAGGAGACAAUCUUGUCCACGUCCAGAGGUGGGACGGCAAGGAGACUAAGUUCGUUAGAGAAAUCAAGGAUGGUAAAAUGAUCAUGACCUUGAACUUUGAGGGCGUGCAGGCUGUCCGCACAUAUGAAAAGGCAUAAUGUCAAACUGAUAGAUGUUUCAGUGUUACCCUGGCAACUUGACAAUAUUACAAGGGAAUUUUUACAUUGUAUUCUCAACUGAGAGUUUUCCCCUUUUUAAGACAUUUUUUGUAAGACCUUUUAUAUAAAAUGCACACUGUGAAUUUUUUUUUUUUGAAUGUUGCAGAAUGUCAUUAAUGUUGGUGGACUGUAUAACUGAGGCCUGCCUUUGUGUUAAAUUGAAUGAAAUACACACUUGAUCAAAAACGAA